AUGAACGCCCUCCGCUUCUCGCUUCUUGCGCUCCUCGCAGCGGCCCUCGUUCUGCACCUGCUGCCCGCGCGCACCGCCGCCUCCGACGUCGAAGCGGCGAUUGCGAACGACGAGUUCACCUUCGACGAUGCUGCCGAUGAAGUCGCAGAAUUUCUCGGCGACGAUCUCAGCGAAGUCGUAGAGCGUCGCAUCCUGGCCGGAACUAGCGGCGCAGCAACCGGAAGCAAGGGCGGCGCGUACAAGCCGAAGCAUAAGAAGCGCCGUAACGCGGCUGGCGACGGCUCCGGUUACUGCCCCUAUGCCGGCAAGUCGGGCAACUCGCCGGCGAAGGAGUACUGCGGCGGCGCGUGCUGCAUUAGCCCCGAGUACCCGUGCUGUGGCGGCGACAAGUGCUGCAAGAAGGGCGGCUGCUGCCAGAAGAACGGCGCUUUCGUGUGCUGCAAGAGCUACUAA